AUGAAAAUGUUAAAUGAAAACGAAACACUUUAUCUGAUCAUUGAUGCUUCGGGAUUUACAUGCAUUGAUUAUACCGGAAUUGAAAGAUUGAAGGAUUUAUCGCAGGAAUUGAGAAAUCGUAAUGUUGAAAUAUUUAUGGCUGCCUCAAAAGCAGAAGUUCGAAUAUUAUUUGCCAAAUGUAAUAUCUAUGAAAUGAUUCCAUCAACAAAUUUCUUUCCAUCCAUUCAUGAUGCAGUAUUAUUCGCUAAUGCUCAACAAAUAAAACAAAAGAAGAAUAUUUGCAAAGAACAAAAUAAUGUCGAAUAUGUAUUUACACAACAUUUAUAA